UUCUGUGGUUAUACUCGCUUCUCAACCCACAGCAUGAGAUUCUCAGCUCUCCUCUUCCUGGCAGCUCUGGCUUGGGCCCUGGUCUGUGCCCAAGAUGCCCCCUCUGAAACCACUGAGGCUGCUCUGGAAGCUGUGGCCGCUGAACCUGAAGCAACUGCAUCUCCAGUCAAAUCUGCUUCACCCCAAGAGACAUCCCAGCAGUCAAGCAGCGCCACUGCAAGUAAAGAAGGUGCACUGAAAUCCCUGGUGAGCAAAGGUAACUUGCUAGCACAACAAGCAAAAAAAAGACUGAGUGAAAGGCUUGAAGCUGUAAAACAUCUUCAUGAAAGUGAUGUUGAAUUUCUACAAGAACUGAAGAAACUCAGUCCACUAUUCUUUCUGAGUCAUGGUUAAGAAGUUGAAAAGAAUGGGGUCCCUGGACUCAAAGCCUUAAACACGCUUGCAGCCCAGAACGAUUAAA